AUGUGUAUACUGUUGGGUACAAGAGAGCAUCCGGAUUACGAUUUGGUGUUGAUUUCCAAUAGGGACGAGUUUUUUGAAAGGGAUACGCAUAUUACGGAAUGGCAUAGCGGGGACUACAUUCUUUCGCCUUACGAUAUGACAAAGGGACUAUAUGAUCCUGGGAAGUGCGUUCGUGGGACCUGGAUGGGUCUCAACAGGGCCGGGAGGGUUUCCACCGUGCUGAAUUUGAAACUGGAGGGGGAGGCCCUCCGUAAACAUUCGAAAAACCCGGUCAAACGCAGGUCAAGAGGGUUGAUCCCCUUUAUGUUUUUAAGUGAUCGCGGUUUCAUAGACCAGUGGGACUCCUUCGAGAAGUUCCGGGAUCGCUACCCAGAUCUGGAGAAGUCGGGAGAUUUUAAUUUAUUUAUAGGGGACAUCCGUCAACAGGACUAUAAAGUUUUGGAUUCCAGCGGGAACACGUUCAGUGUUUUGAAUGAAACAACCGGAAUGAACAUGGUGGUCUCCAAUGAUACUUACAAAGAGUUUAAUGAAAACGAUAUAAGCGAGUGGAACAAAGUGAAACUGGGGAAAUUGAAGUUGCACGAACUGGUAAAUACCGCGGUCAAUCUGGAUAAAUCUAGUUUCAUUGAUAAAUGUUUCCACGCUGCAUCCUUCUGUUCCAUCGAAAAAUCCCACGAGGACAUAUCGAAGACACCGGAAGUAAUCUCAAACACAAUAUUUGUCCCACCUUUGAAGUGUCAACCACAACAGGACGUGGGUCUGACGAAGAGUGGAGGGCUUUAUUUCGGAACGAGAUCGCAACUCGUCACACUGGUGAGUAAAGACAGAAGGCAAGUCACUGUCGCAGAACGUAUCUUGCAUACAAGCGACUUGGACAGAGACUUUAAUAGCCCCCAUAAUCCAAAGGAAGUGAAACAGUUCACGUUUGACCUAUCCGAUUAA